CGGAACCUUUGUCACGAUUGGCACCGUCAUUGCCAUUGAUCAGAAGAACGGUUGGUGGCACAAAAGUUGCAAACAAUGCUUCACUUCCCUAAAGGAAGCAGAAAAUUCAUACCAUUGUGCAAAGUGCAACUCACAUCCCUUGACACACACCCCAAGGUAUGUAGUAGCGUCCACUUAAAAUUGGUUUUGAUAAUCCAUAAAUGGUGUCCAUUUUGGGCUCAUGUAUUUGUUACCAGGUAUAGCAUUAAUAUGAAGGUUGCUAAUGACACUGACACGACUAUUUUCUUGCUGUACGACAAAGAAGCCUCCAGAUACUUGGGUAUCUCUGCCUCUGAUUUAAGGCUCACACAACUGACUAAGGGAGGAGUCCACGAGGAAUAUCCAACUGAGCUGAAUGCAUUAGUGGGGAAGAAAUUCCUGUUCAAGUUAAUUGUUAAGAUGGAAGAUGUCAAUGCAUUCCAACCCUACAAGAUUGUUGUUGCUAAACUUUGUGAGGAGGACUCAGUUAUGAACAAGUUUCUUGAAAAGAACAACAUACAUGAGGACACAAGUGCCCCAUCUGCUGAGAAUUCAAUGGAGGUUCCAUUGGAUGCAUUCUCAACCCCUAAGAGCAAGAUAAUUACUGGUGGAUGGUCCAAGAAACUAAUUGAUGUCUACCCAGAAGAUCUUGAUGCAUCAUAUUCAAAGUGUAGGAAGGCCACCAAUGGCGACAACGCAACUCUUGCCAAAGUCCAUCAUGAUUAGUCAAUUUGCAACUAAAUAAGCACCUUUCAGGGGUUCAUAGUUCCCUGGAUCGAAAUCAGAAUGUGUGUCGGUGAUGUUUGUCCUUCGCUCCAAUCUGUUUUGUGUCUGCAAUGGGUUGUCCUGUUGCAAUGUCAUGUCAUCACUCGCAUGAAUAACGUGGUUUAUUCAUAAUGAACCACUGUUGUAGUUGUCUUUGUCGUGUCGUGUGUGUAAGGAAAGCAUAUGCAGUGUCCAUGACAUGUAUGUGUUUUGUGUGUCUUUUCUUCAACUUGAAUGAUAUGAUGAGCCCAUGUUAUGUUCUAAUGCCUUUGAAUAAAAAAAUGCAAGACCACGUCAAUAUAUAGUGUCUCCAU